AUGCCUGGUGGUACGGUGUAUAAUGUAAGUUCUGGCUAUCAGCCUGAAGAAGGCACUUAUGCUAACGGACAAUCCAUUCCAGACCUGUUUACAGCGGGCAUUAUCUUCACACUUGCUGAUGGGAAUGGAACUAUUUCUAAUAGGACCGGCAGUGAGGAUGAGAGACCAAAUAUCUGGGAACCAUACUUGGGUUCGCUGUUCAAACUGGCCCAGGACGUUCGUCCAUCAGCGAAGAACUUUGCUACCGGAUUGACGGAAUUCAGAGAGCGCUAUGCGUCAUUGGAACACUCCCAGGAUGCUCAGUUCAGUGGCCGACCGUCUAAUCACACAAUGUGGAAACGAAGUCGGCAAUUCACUGACCUUCGAGACUCUAGCCGAGCUAACUCGACACCUGCAAGUUAUGGGGGACUACGCAAUGCAUUGAGCCCAUUAGUCUCGAACUGGGGCAGUGCGCUCGAGCAUAUCAUGCUUCCGGCGAGGUUACUGCACAAGGUGGAUGAGGAGAUUUUGGUGCCAAAUCUAUUUUGA